CUAGUACCAAGGUACUUUUUUUUUAUUGGCAUUGUUGGUACCUUGUGUACAAUAUUCUUCCAGCAUCUAAACGUAAAGCAUUUAUUAUAUAUUCACAAUAAAAUAGGCAUAUAUACUACGACCCCCUAGAAUGGCUAACUCAAGAUUUGAAUAUGUCAAACAAUUUGAGCAGGUGGACAACUUGCUGCCAAAUACCUGGAUUGUGGUUAGACUAGACGGUAGAGGAUUCACCAAAUUAUGUGCCAAAUACAAUUUCGAGAAGCCUAAUGACCGUAGAGCUCUUGAUCUAAUGAAUGCUGCUGCUAAAGCGGUCGUUACUGAACUCCACGAUAUCACCAUCGCUUAUGGUGUUAGCGAUGAGUUCAGUUUUGUCUUUCAUAAGACUUGCACCCUUUUCGAAAGGAGGGCGAGCAAGAUCGUCUCGACCAUAGUCUCGACUUUCACCGCAUACUACGUCCACCUAUGGUCAACCUACUUUCCAGAUACGCCCUUAUCGCCUCCGCUUCCUAGCUUUGACGGCCGAGCUGUUUGCUACCCCAGCGUACAGAACUUACGAGAUUAUAUGAGUUGGCGCCAAGUCGAUUGCCACAUCAACAAUUUGUAUAACACCACGUUUUGGUCGCUCGUCCAGCUGCCCCCCAAGAUGGAUGCCAAGGAUGCUGAACAGCUCUUAUCCGGCACACUCGCCGCUGACAAGCACGAGAUUCUUUUCUCAAGGUUCAAGAUUAAUUACAAUAAUGAGCCCGAGAUGUUCAAGAAAGGGAGUGUCAUAUACCGAGACUACGAACUCGUCGAACCUGGCACCCACGACGUAGCUAAGACCGCCGAUGAGCUGGCAGAAGCAGUGCAGCAAUCUAAGACUCAGAAUGAGAAAGACAGAAAACGGAGGGCGAAGGCGAAAGUGUUGGUUGACCAUGUUGACAUUAUAAAAGACGAGUUCUGGCAGAGAAGACCUUGGAUAUUAUCAAAUAAACCAGGAAAUAUCCCCAAGGAAACACAAUAAAUCAUACUCAAACGAACUUGAAAAGCCUUCUAUCCCAAGCUAGGUCGUACACAGGUCUUUUACGCUUCAAGAUAUAACGCCAUUCCAACACGGCUCGAAACAAGAUGAAACACAAUCUACGAGAACCCGAAGAUGAGAUUGUCGCGCAAUUGGAGAGCAGGGACAUUGCCGGAAUACUCUUGAUUGUAGUUAUCAUUCUCGCCAUCGUCGCCGCUAUGAGCG